CCAUUGAAAACUACUACACAAGGUGUCACAGGUAGUGGUGAAACUGAAAUUACAACAACUAAGAUUCCGAAGACGACUAAAAUUAAAACGACUACAAGUAGUUCUAAAACAGUAUCGGAAUCUUCUGAUGUGAAAUGUGUGGAACCUGACGGUUUGUUUUCGCACCCAAGCGAUUGUCAUUUAUUCCUUCAUUGCGUGGGUAACCGUCCAUAUGUGAAGCAAUGUCCGCAGAACACCUUCUUUAAUAAUAAUAUCAAAGUUUGCGAUCAUAUGGCAAAUGCACCGGAUACAUGCAAAUGA